AUGAAAGUCCGAUCCCUGGAAAUGCAGCCUGACGAGACCCAGAACUACUGCUAUGUUCUGACCGAUGACGCCUCCAAAAAGUCGUGGGUGAUCGACCCGGCCUUCCCCAAGUGGGUGCUCGCCGAUGUCGAGAAGCUCAACAAGUCCGGAGACAUUGAUCUCGCCGCUAUCGUCAACACCCAUCACCACUGGGACCACUCGGGAGGCAACGAGGACUUCAAACAGAGCUUUUCCAAGCUACCCAUCAUCGCUGGAAAGGAUUCUCCCGAUGUGACAAAGACCCCCGCCCACGGAGAACAGCUGACUCUCGGCGACAACCUCAAGAUCACUGCUCUUCAUACUCCCUGCCACACCCAGGACUCCAUCUGCUACUUUGUGGAGGACACCAAGACUGGCGAGCGAGCCGUCUUCACUGGCGACACGCUGUUCAUUGCUGGCUGCGGUCGGUUCUUUGAGGGAACCCCCGAGGAGAUGAAUGUUGCUCUUAACGACAUUCUGGCCAAGCUCCCCGACGAUACCGUUGUCUACCCCGGCCAUGAGUACACCAAGUCCAACGUCAAGUUUGUUAAGACGAUUCUGCCCAACAACGAGGCCGUCAACAAGCUCGAUCACUUUUGCCAGAACAACAAAAUCACCACCGGCGUGUUCACCAUUGGUGACGAGAAGAAACACAACCCCUUCAUGAUGGUCAAUGACCCUGCUGUCGAGGAGGUUUGUGGAUCCACUGAUCCUGUCAAGGUCAUGGAGGUGCUGAGAGAGCGAAAGAACAAGCUCUAG